CACCUGUCCACUCCCCCUAUAAGAGCACAUGCAUGCCUCGCUCCUCUCCAUCGACAUUAGAUCAUUCCCAAGAUUUCCAACAAACCAAUUUCAAUUCCUUGCACUAUCAUUUUCAAUUCCAACCCUGAGUAGAAGGAUUUGAAGAAUUAGAAGUAUGGAUAUGAGGAUCCGAGGCUUCGACUCGCCUCUGUUUUCCACUCUGCAGCACAUUCUGGACACCGCCGACGAGGCCGACAAGUCCUUCAACUCCCCCAGCCGGAAGUACGUCAGGGACGCGGAGGCGAUGGCGGCGACUCCGAUGGACGUCAAGGAGUACCCGAACUCGUACGUGUUCGUGGUGGACAUGCCGGGGCUGAAGAGCGGCGACGUCAAGGUGCAGGUGGAGGACGAAAAUGUGCUUCUCGUCAGCGGUGAGAGGAAACGGGAGGCGGAGGAGAAGGACGGCGCCAAAUACGUGAGGAUGGAGCGCAGGGUGGGGAAGUUCAUCAGGAAAUUCUCUCUGCCGGAGAAUGCCAACACUGAUAAGAUUUCGGCGGUUUGCCAGGACGGCGUGCUGACGGUGACGGUGGAGAAGUUGCCACCGCCGGAGCCUAAGAAGCCGAAGACCAUCGAGGUGAAGAUCGCCUGAGAUGGAGAUCAGUUAGAAUCUCACAUUCUGGGUCCUUUUUCAACUCUAAAACAUGUUUCGUCUCUGUUACCUCUCUGUUUUUGUUGUGUUUUGUGAAUUUUGAUGGUUCGGGUGUGAUGUUUGAGUGUUUGUGCUGUAUUUGGGGUUUUGCUGAAUCGAUCUGAAAUCGCCGAGAUGUAAAGCUUCGGUUGCUCUUGACAUAGUAGGCAGAAUAAAUUAAUUUGUAGCAUCUCAGAAAUGUGCUGCAGUUACAGAAUUGAGGGAAGCUGCAAUUAAUUUCUCUUGCAGACUGUCUGCUUUCGUCAACGGAGUUGAAUAACAAAACAUAAAAAUUUAAAUAACAAA